UACCAUCAAGUCAAGUCAAGUCAACUUUCAUUGGAGCUCCGUGCCACUUCCGUCAGGUUUUGGAGUUAAAAGUCUCCGUUACAUGCCGGUUAUUUACAAAAUUGACUCUAAUACCCCUCCUCUCCCUUUCCUGUCAUGCUUUGCGCUCGAGCCGCGAAAUUACCGCUGCUCCCACUAUUGCGGCCGUCGGCCGUCGCCCCGCCCCCAUGGCCGCAUCGCGACUUCUCGUCGGGCCGCUCCCAAACGCCAUCUGCCCAACCGUCUCUACGCCGCAUGCCAACCGAACCACCGCCCACCACCACCUAUUCUGAUGCCACGGAGCUCAGGCCUGGCGCGGCGGGUGGUGGCAUCUUCGGCCGCUUCGACUUCGACAGCAGCACAGGAGCGGCGGCGGCCAUGGAGGAGUAUCCUUGUCGUGCGCGCAGGUUCCAUGAAGCAGCCUGUCUUCGCAAGGCACGGCGGCCGCAGGCCGCUCCUCUCCUCUUUGUCGUGCGUGCAGGAUCCGUUCCUCCCCAAUCCGUUCCACGCGUGGGGGCGCUUCGUGAGGGGAGGGCCGUGCACGAGCGGCAGCGGUGCUGUGCGCGGCAUCGAUUGGAGGACUCCGGCCUGCACAACCCCAAGGACUCCGGCGCUGAGGGGCGCUGAUCCUUAACGGGCGCAGGAGAUGAGGGAAUUUACCGCGAGACUCGCCAGAGCAAAGUCAACGAAUCCAGCUUGAGAAGAGAGAUGGCAAGGGAGGGUAAAAUGGUUAUUUCAUCUUGCUGUUAGCUUCCGUUUUAGCAAAACUAGACGGCAGUGGCGUUGAGGCCCGAUAAAAUCAACAGUACGAGAGGCAUCGACGAUUUAUUGAUCCAAUAGUACGAGAGGCACCGAUUUAUUGAUCCAACGGUAUGAGAGGCACCGAUUUAUUGAUCCAACGGUAUGAGAGGCACCGAUUUAUUGAGGCACUGAUUUAUUGAACCAAUGGUAUAAGAGGCACCGAAAUUUUUUUUAAUGAUAUAUAUGGAAUUGGGAAUUUUUUUAGUGGCUUGCAGGGAAUUGGCUCAUGAUUCAUGAACUAUAGGUAGCCUAUGAUGUCUCUGGACUUGCAAAAUCCCUUCAGCGACUGCCGUGAUGAUGUCACUAUGACAUGGUGCUCAUGUAGGAAUACCAC